AUGGAUAAUAUUCCCCCCAAAUCGACCACAAGUGCUGCAAGUCGGCCAAAGCGGGCAUAUCACCGCAAAGUUAAGACGGGUUGUUUGACUUGCAGGAUUCGCAGGGUAAAAUGCGACCAAGAAAAACCUGCCUGUGUGCGCUGUACAUCCACCGGCCGCACAUGUGACGGGUACACUUCUCCGCCUCCAUCUUCAUCCGUUUCAUCAUCAACCUCCACAUCACCCCCCUCCCAGUUCUCUGACUCCCUCAACGCCGCCGCUGAUCUCAAGCUCAUCCUGCCAAGACAGAGCCCCGAUGAGGUACGCAGCUAUCGGUUCUUCCUAGAGGUCACGGCGCCAUCUCUGGCCGGGUUUUUCUAUGCCGACUUUUGGCUCACUGAGGUGCCGCGCGUCUGCAUGUCCGACGCGGCCAUUUGGCAUGCUGUCGUCAGUCUCGGUUCUGCUCAUGAGGACUUUGCAGAACAUGGCCAGGGAUCACGUAGCAUGUUUGCUUUAAAGCAGUUCACUUCAGCCAUCCGAUGUCUUACUGACUCAAGGUCGCCGAGACAUGCAGAUCGGUGGAGAGCCCUUGUCGUCAGCACUAUCUUUACCUAUGUAUGCACGAUCAAAGGUCUUCACGAUCAGACGCGGCUACAUCUACAAGCCGGAUGCAAUCUUCUCUGCGAACUCCAAAGCCUCACCAACAAAGGCAGGGCAACUUUGAACCAAGAGAAACUUCUGAAUGUUGUCCAAGACGAGAAUUGGAUCUCGUCAGUUCCGGUGUCAAUUGCUCCGAUUCAGUCCAUUCUGACUAACCUCGAGCUGCACUUGAACGCACUUGACCAUGGAGGCAUGACCGAGAGUCCAACCCUGCUCUUACAAAACAAGACACUCAAUACAUGGCGCUACUAUACAGCACCGCGGCGUUCAUAUCGUUCAACACCAAAUUCUAUCAAUCAAGCCCACUGCGCUGCUGAGUCUCUCUUCACUGGACUCAUUCUAUUUUCCCAAGAACAUGCCAAGCAGCUCGGGGAUAUUCAGUCCGGUGUAUCCGGAUCAACAGGACUAACAAUGCUGGCUGCACGACAAACACCGUAUACGCGAUGCUAUAAAGAAAUAAGCAAAGCCAUCGAUAUCUUCCAACGCGAGGUAGACGCCAGCCAACUGGAGCCGCAUAACAUGCUCCCCUUGCAGCUCUUCCAAAUGUCUAAUCGCCUGCUUCUGAUUGAGGAUCCUGAGGAGCAUGACUUGGUUAAGCGCCACGAUGACCUCCCCGUCUUGUACAAGUCUAUAGUCGACCUCACCGAGCAGAUCAUAAACCUCGAUUCUAUGAAGACCCGCCGAGUCUCCUAUACACAGCACCUCUUCCUCGUCGCCCAUAGUGGCAUUGGACAAUCAACUCGCCGCCGCGCUGUGGCCUUGCUUCGGCGUCCACGGUUAGAGGGUGGCUGGGACAGUCUAAUCUCGGCAAGUCUCGCAGAGGCUAUCAUGGACAGAGAGUGGGAGGCGGCGUGUGAAUACCGGCUAGAGCAAAGCUUGGAUACUGGGACUACAAGAGGCGAAGAAGAGAACGGGCAGAGAGGAGAGGAGGUUGAUCCAAUGUUUCGCGUGUUUAACAUCACAUUUGCGUUUACAGGACAGAGAGAGGCUCGUGCUGUGCUGCGGACGUGGCGGGAGAAGCUCGAUGACGUUGCUGGGCGAAGCAGGGUUAUUCGAUGGUAA